AGCGGGUGUGGUGGUUCAUGUUAACAGAACGAUAUUCGGCCCCCGUGGAACUACGUUACCCAGAGUCCCUCGCUUUCACGUCGUAAACCGACGUAGAGGUCGAAACAAAACCGGCUAGGGAAAGUCAGGCAACGCGUGUGGUGUAGACACUGAGCCUCUGAUGGCUGGUCGACUCCUCAAAGUCUCCUCUCUGGCUACUGUGGCAUUUGCCUCGUCUGGGUUUUAUCUGUAUAGCAGACAGCUGGACCUCAAUGACCUCAGUAUCAUCCGCUUUGGACGAGCCGCUGCCACUACGGUGGUUAUCAGCUACGACUAUCUGACUGCUUUCCAACAUGUGGAACACGGCACAGAGGAAUACUGGGCGCUCAAGUCCAAGGUUCACCGGCGGUCAGCAGAGCGUCUCCUAGAUUUGUGCUGUGCCAAUCGUGGCACUUUCAUCAAGGUGGGCCAGCACCUUGGUGCUCUGGACUACCUGCUGCCUGAGGAGUACACAUCCACGCUGAAGGUGCUUCACAGCCGAGCUCCUCAGAGCAGCAUGGAGCAGAUCCAGCAGGUCAUCAGAGAAGACCUCGGUAAGGAGCUGUCCGAGUUAUUUGUCUCCUUUGAGGAGAAGCCUCAGGGUGCAGCCUCCUUAGCUCAGGUCCACAAGGCAGUGCUUCAUGAUGGGAGGACAGUGGCUGUCAAGGUCCAACACCCAAAAGUCCAGAGACAAAGCUCCAAGGACAUAGUGGUGAUGGAGGUAUUGUUGAGGGCAGUCAAUAAGGUCUUCCCUGACUUUGCCUUCAUGUGGUUGGUGGAAGAGGCCAAGAAGAACAUGCCACUGGAGCUGGACUUCCUUAAUGAGGGACACAAUGCAGAGAGGGUGGCCAGAAUGCUGGCCCACUACCCCUUCCUCAAGGUUCCCACAAUCCACUGGGAUCUGUCAACAAAGAGGAUCCUGACCAUGGACUUUGCUGAGGGCGGCCAGGUCAACGACAAAGACUACAUGAAGAGACACUGCAUCAACGUCAAUGAGAUCUCAGAGAGCCUGGGUAAGAUGUACAGUGAGAUGAUCUUCGUCCACGGCUUUGUUCACUGUGACCCGCAUCCAGGCAACGUGUUGGUCCGAAAGUGUCCCCAGAACAAGAAGACAGAGAUUGUCCUGCUUGAUCACGGCCUUUAUCAGAUCCUGAAACCAGACUUCCGGUUGGACUACUGUCGGCUGUGGCAGGCUCUGAUUAACAGCGACAUGUCCAAGGUAGAGCGUUACAGCCGCAGACUGGGAGCCGGAGAUCUGUAUCCGCUUUUUGCCUGCGUCCUUACUGCUCGCUCUUGGACCGCAGUCAAUGCUGGCAUCAGCUCUGUGCCUGUCACAAACUCUGAGGAUGUUGAGAUUCGGACGAACGCAGCUCUGUACCUGCCCCAGAUCAGCGAGCUCUUGAAUCGAGUGCCCCGUCAGAUGCUGUUGCUGCUGAAGACCAAUGACCUGCUGAGGGGCAUUGAGACCACCUUACAGACCAGAGCCUCCUCCUCAUCCUUCAUCAACAUGUCCCGCUGCUGCAUACGUGCCCUGGCCAGGCACAAGAAGAGUAAGGCUCAGUCCAGCAGGAGGCGUUUGCAGAUAAAGUUGGCUGAAUCUCUCAGCCUGGGGAAACUCACUCUCUAUGAACUGUUUCUGUGGGUGAAGAGCUUCAUGUCAGUACACUGGCUCACUACUCUGCUGCCAUUUCUGCACUGACACACAUGGACUUCAGACUGGAACAUCAGCAACACAUCGCAAAAGAUGACUACUGGCUGGUUUGUAAAACAUUGUAUAAUAAAACAUUUAAAUAUGUGCCCAAACACACACACACACGGCCAAUACACGCUGAGGUUUUUUAACACCAGGACUGUCAAGAUCACAACUUUUACAACAUGGGCUGAUGUCGUUUUUCUCAUGAUUAUAUCAUAAUUAUGUUUCUUUUAUUUAAGAUAAGUCAAUUUUUGUUUUAUUUGUUACUAUUAUUUAAGUUCAGAACAUACUGUCAGAUAAUUAUUUCUCUCUUAAAUUUAUCUUAUGUACAAUAUUUAUUGUGCAUGAGUUUAAAAUCAGCCAUAAAUGGUGCUCGAAGAAAUAAUGUGUGUGGAUUAACUGCAGUUUGUCAAGUAAUAAGUUAAGUAAGUUCCAGCACAUUACUGAAGCCACUGAGCCGUUCCUGACACCAGCACCAUACACUGACAUGAGAUUCUCAUUCUCAUCCAUCUCAUUUCAGUUUCAGUAAAAAAACAGUUCCCCACGUUUUCACUUUAAUUUUAAAAAAAUAUAAUAUAUACAAAUGUUACCUCUGGAAGAAGCUGGACCACUUAUUCAUCCGCACUCCUUAACUAAAUACCUCAGAAUGCAGUUUGUGUCAAGUUGCAUCUGUUUUAGGUGCAAUAACACCCUUGUUAUUGUCAUUAUAUUAUAACGGGUUAUGUUUACUGUUUCAUUGUUACUGUUGUAUCUUGGUUAAAUACUGUACACUCAUUACACACAAGUUUGUAUUACUAUUGGUUUCAGUGUCGUGAACUGAAUUGUGAUCACUGACAGUGAGAUAUCUCUCUUCCUGUCACUGAGAAGCGUUGAUGUGAUUUGCGUUGGUCGGUUUAAUAUAGAACCUGACUUAUUGCGUAUCUGUCUUUCCUCUCUGACCAUGCCUUUUUUUUUUCUUCAGAAACUGGCUUGAAUUCAAUUUUUUGUCUUGCCCCAUCUUUGUCUCAUAUAUACUUUGUGAGCUCUUGUUUUCUAAUCAGUGAAAAAAAGAUCACCGUUGGUUUUUUCGCACAUUUUCAGGCUAAAUAAUCUCAAUGUCACACCAAAUUUACAACCUGUGCUUUGUUCUUAUGAAAGGCAGUCACAGUCAUCUUCGGCCACUCUUGAAAACAUUCACGCUGUAUUGUUGACUUCAUACCAGUUGUUGAACGUCUGUUGUUUGGUUACAGUUAUGCAGUUUUCAUAUGGGGAUGAAAACAUCCCCAUAUGAGCAUCACAAAGUAAAUUGAGCAUCACAAAGUAAAAGCACUAUGUAACUGUCUAAAACACUGUUUUUUCCCCUCCAAAACAUAUUUUGUGCAUUAGCCACUGUGUGUCACAACUGCAGAUGAUCUGUGGACCUACCUGUCGUAUCACGUUUGUCUCAUUCAGGAACAGUGCUGUAAAGUCAGAGUCAUGUCAGAAGGAUUUGCUGCAGGAUCUGAGUUCACAAACUUUGUCACAAUUCUAAGGCUACAUCCAUUGGACGAAGUUUUGUUUUGAAAACAGCGUUUUCUCUGUCAAUCUCUGUCCACACAAGCAUUUUGGAAAGGAUUCGAUCAGCAAAUGGUUUUGUGUGUCUCCUUCAUAGAUUCAAAACAUUUGUCUUUCUGGCUGUCCAGACUAAAACUUGUGGCUUGUAUAGUCAACUGUACUUGUCACUGAUAAUGCAAAAUGAGUUACAGCAAUAAACAGGUUAUUAAUUAUGUAGGGGAUCGAGAAGGGAGACCAGUGUCAGUUUUAGCAUAUCACCUAGGAUGUGACAAAUGACACACCCCCUCUUCAAUCAACUUCUUCUCAUAUCUGUAUUCAUUUUUCUCUCCACAUAAGCUGAAUUUGUGUACAAAGAACCAUAGACUGUGUAUAACGAUCAACAACACAAGGACUUCUUAAACUGAAGCGAAAUCCUCUCCAUCACCCCCUGGUGGAUGGCUGCAGUUUAGUCUAUAUUCCCACCUCCUCCCUCCUGGUCCAAAGGAACAGAAACGCUAGACAUUUUCGACAAACAAACAUCGAAAGUGAAAAGAUAAUUUUGAGUGUAUAUUCUGCUAUUCUCCAAAUAUCUAAAAGAGCAGCUCCGGCCCACCUGAGACGGUUUCUGUCAUUUUAGGAAGUUCACAUUGAUUUAUGUACCAUCCAGGAUAUAUUCACUUAAGAAGUGGAGAUGUGCCAUCCAUCUUUACAUACAGUCACUGCCAAGAACAGAAAGUGCACUUGUUGGAAGAUCUGCUGACAUAUUCAGAGAGUCAGAGGCUGCUCAGAUGAUGUUUUGAAAUUCUGAAAGCAAACUAUACUACAAAUGAAGGGGGGAACAACCUGUAACCUAAAAUACAUAUUGUAGACUUUUUAUGAUGUAAGAGGAGAGAACCCCCCCCCCCAAAAAAAAAAAAGCAGACAGGCCUGAAAAGCUUAGAAGGAAAGGUUCAAAAGACAACUGUGGAAGAGGAGGAGAGGUGGAGAGAACAAAUCAGAAAAGAGGUGUAUAAAAAGUUGGUGAAAAAAAUAAACGUCCAAAUUCUUAAUUCAACUUUCUUUUUAGUCUCCUUUCCAUUUAAUUCCAUAAACCACAGGGAUCAUUAUUGUCAUGUCCUGUUUUGUGUGAAGUUUAUUGAAGAUUGAUAAUGUUAGUUCAGACAAUGGGUUUUGUUUUUUUCGAGUUGAAAAUGACUUGGUUUGUGGGUAAGAUCAUUAACCAGUGUUUGAUUUAUUUAUAUAAUUAUUAAAAAUUAUAAUAUGUAAAUUCACCAAAUAAAAUGUCUAAAACAU